AUGAUUCGGCGGGACGGGGGAAUGCUCGGGGAACCGGGAAACGAUCAAGGGGGACCAGGAGAUGUUCGGGGCACCGGGAAACGAUCCGAGGGGAGCGGAGGAUGCCCGGAGAACCGGGGGAUGAUCCGGCGGGACCAGGGAAUGAUCCGGCGAGCACAGGGGGCUGCAGCGCUCGCACCUGCCGCUCCACGCGUGUCCCUUUCCCGCGGGAUCCUGCCACACGAGUUGGUGCUGGCCCGGGGACCCCCCGCGCCAGUAAGCAGCGUGGAUGCUCGGCAGGUCAUGGGUGACUCCAUGGGUGGCGGGGAGCUGCAGAAGGUCAAGGACAUGUGCAGGGGCCCAGAGUCCUGCUCCUGCCUGACUUUGGAGAUGAUUCUGUGUGAAGUGAGGGGUCUAGAGCCUGGCAUCGCCCUCCUGGGGGCUCUAAGGGGCUUCCAGGCUGAUUCACCAGUGUUCAGGGAUCAGCCCCAGCUCACUGGCACCUUGCUGCUGGAGCUGUCCCUGCGAGGGCUGGAUGUGUCUAUGGGUCCCCCGAAGUAUGGCAUCACUUCUGCCCCACAGGGAGCAAUUUUGAGUGAAAAAGUUCCCCGUCCCCGGUCCCGGUUCCGCUGCCGCGGGACCCACGCGCGGGACGGGAGCGGAGCGGCGGCGCCACCGCGGGGCCACGACCGGGGCUGCAGCGAACCGAGACCUCCCCGGUGGAGCCACCCGAAGCCUCGUAGCCUGCUGGGCGCUGAGUGCUGGGCGGCGGCCACGCCGGCUCGACCCAGCGGGGUUUUGGACAGGCUGAGCCGAAGCCCCCGUGGGUCUGUCCUUCCUCCUGCAGGCAUGAAGCGACCCCUGAGCCCAUCCCACAGUCCCGAGAGUGCAGUGCAGCUGGUGGAGGAGGCCAGCUGCCCCCCCAGCCAGCCCGAGCAGCGCAUGAAGCGGGAGAAGAAGCACCAGUCGUUCACACUUUGCGAGGUCUGCAAUAUCCAACUCAACUCGGCUGCACAGGCGCAGAUCCACUACAACGGCAAGUCCCACCAGAAGCGCCUCAAGCAGCUAAACAAGGGGAAGAUGCCAGCAGCCCAAGGUCCCUCCGGACACAGCAGCCCCCUCUUAGCAUCAUUGCCCAUUCCUGGCCGGCCUCUUCAUCCCCCCUUGGACAUCAAACACUUUCUGACCUUCAGGCUCAACGGGACAUCACCGCUCAACCUCUUCCCCAACUUCAACACGAUGGACCCGGUGCAGAAGGCAGUGAUCAGCCACACCUUCGGCGUGCCGGCCCCGCUCAAGAAGAAGCAAUUCAUCUCCUGCAACAUCUGCCACCUGCGCUUCAACUCUGCUAACCAGGCAGAAGCCCACUACAAGGGCCACAAGCAUGCGAGGAGGCUGAAGGCCAUCGAGGCCAUGAAGAACAAGCAGAAGGUGGUGGAGGCUGCAGCGGGGACCCCUGGCCAGGACAGCGCAGCCGAGCUGGCCCCCAGUCCUGUGGGCAGUGGGGAGCUGGGCAGCACAGCUGAUGCCAGUAGCCCACAGGAGUCGGAGGGUGAGGGCAGCAGCCUGGGACUGGUGCCCAGCACUGAGGAAUCACCUGUGGAGCUGCCAGGCAGUGUUGCCCCGCUGGGCUCCCCACCAGCCUCUGAGCUGUCAGAGGGCACCUCGGAUGCCACCAGCGUGGCCUCCUCAUCUGCCCAGGCAGCUGAGGCACAGGCAGCCGAGUCGGGCAGCAGCAUCAGCUCGGCCCCUGAGAGUGAGAAAGAGGGGAAAAAGAGCAAACCGCACCUGUAUUGUCCCACCUGCAAAGUGACUGUCAACUCCCUGUCCCAGCUGGAGGCUCACAACACCGGCGCCAAGCACAAGUCAAUGCUGGAAGGUCACGGCACCCAACUGCGGCGAGGCCGGGGCAAGCUGCUCUCCCGGGCAGGGCACAAGUCCAAGCGGAUUGGGAACAAGGGCAGCAUCAACAUCCAGAACAAAGCGUUUCACUGCCAAGUGUGUGAGAUCUACGUGAACUCCGAGACCCAGCUCAAGCAGCACAUGAGCAGCCGGAGGCACAAAGACAGGCUGGCAGGGAAGCCACCCAAGCCCAAGUACAGCCCCUACAACAAGCUGCAGAAGAAUGCUGCCCUCGCAGUGAGUAUUCUCAAGUCCAAGCUGGCUUUGCAGAAGCACCUCACCAAAACCCUGGCGACCCGUUUCCUGCCGAGCCCGCUCACCGCCGCUGCUGUCUGCGCCAUGCCUGGACCCCUCGCCUUGCGACCAGCAGCUGCCACCACCCUCUUCCAAGCCCCAAUCCUCGGACCAGCCCUUUUCCGAACGCCGCCGGCCCAUGUCCGCCCCACGCCGGGUCCCAUUGUCUUCGCACCCUACUAG